UUUUUUUAGUUUUCAACCUCUUACGUUCUUCUGUAAUGGUAUCGUCCAGGGGCUAUAAAUGUUCCGCAAAGCCUCUGGUCUGGUUACCCGGUGCAUUCAGUGUGCAGCUUCGGUUGCUAAGGAACCAUAGAAAGCAGGUUGACGCGAGCGGCGAUGAUGCUGUAGAGACCGUGCUGGUCAGUCUGGCUGGUUGAGGUGCGGAGGGGACGCCGCUACCACGCCAGGAUUUCUGACGACUCCUCACCACCCUCUUCGGGAACCUCCAUGCAUCUCCUUGGACAGUCAUAAUGGUUACACUUAUUACAGAGCAGCUCCGGAAGCAGAGCCUGGAGGAACCUUAUCACAAGGCUUUCUCCUUCAACUCUACUGUGUCAUUACCUGCAGUGGGCUCCAGUCCUACCAUCUCAUGGAGGGAGUCUAGCACAAUUCAAGCACACGCUUCAUCGGAUUUCUGCGGAUUCGACUCCACUCAGUCUCCUUCUCACUCUCAAACCCCGCAGCAAAGACCGGUGGCCGCUUUGGCCGAAGAGACGGUUCAAAGUUCACCCCCGCCACCUCCAAAACGCCACUGCCGCUCCCUCUCAGUCCCAGAGGACCUGUCCCGCUGCCGCUCGACCUGGCAUCCCAGCGCAUCCAAAGUGUGGACUCCAGUCAAACAUGGCUGUCACAGUGGAGGAGCAGCCAGUUUGAGCUCUGCAGCUAGCUCAGUGCCGCUCUGUGGUCCCAGCUCUUCCUUCACUUCUUCUAUACACUCAUCAUCCAGUCCUACCUUCUUUAGUUUAGCACUGUCAUCUGACUCCCUCCUGUCAUGGAGCUUCCCCUGGGAGCCCUCAGACGCACUGAACGCUGCUGCCUCCUUCGCUUUGCCUUCGUCUUGCUCCUCUUCGCCGGCCCCACUUGUAUCUCACUCAGUGCUGCAGCGCCGUUUCUCCCUGUCCCCCGUGCACAUUCAGAACGCCUCUGUAGCAUCCUCGCACCCUCAACCUUCACCUUCCAGCUUCUCUGCCGUCGAGCAGCCAGGCAUGUCCGCAUCUCCCACCUCAGCCUGCAGUACGCCGUCCUCCUCCAGGCGUGGCCUGCCCCCUGCACUUCCUCGAUGCCACUCCCAGCCGUGUGACAUGCGCAGGCCUCGCUUGAAGAGGCGACGUGACCCAGAUGUUUUACCCUGCCCUAGACCUGGCCUGGACUUCAGCAAGAUGACACAGAUCAGUAGUCGUGAAAGCCUGCAGUGUGGACCGGGCAGCGGCGUGUUUCCGGUGUCUUCUCCGGCAGAGCACCACCUGUCCUUUUCCCCCGCCGAAUUCCUUGGACGAGUCAGCAUUGGGCCAUUGAGUGAAAGUGAAGAAGAAGAGGAGGAGGAAGGAAGAAAACAGAAUAUAAUGGAUGUGGGAACAAAGGUUUUCUUUGAAAGAGACUGCACAGAAUUAGACUUGAAUCUCAUAGAAGAAAACUGAAGACUCUUUGGUGCUACUAAUGCAUUGAUAACCAUUAAAAGCACACCCGUAGGCUUUCUCCUGCUGCCUGACAGAACCCUUUGGGUAUAAGCUGCAUCCAUAAGGCACAUGUCCGGUCUUUAGAAUUGAGACCCUCUUUUCAAACUGCAUUGCAAGACUUAAGCAAAGUCACUAUUUAGCAUUUAAAAAUGUCAGUGCCUGCCUGAUAAACACUCCAAAAGGACUUGGAAAAGAGUACAUUUGCAACUCUCCAAGUCCAGAUUUAUUCCUUUAUUCCAACACAGGUCUGAAUUAGCUGUUAUGAUUUGAGAGCCUCUCAACAGUCUUACAUUUAUUUAUACUUGAAAAACACUUUAAUCCAAUAGAUUUUGGGUCAAACUGGAAUUCUUCUUUUUUUUGCUGAUUCCAUAGCUAAUCUUUAAAUUGACCCUUUGUGAGCUGUUUCAAACGUUUCAGUUCUUGUUACUCUACAAAUUAGCCUCCAAAUAAAACUGUUCUGUAUUUUUGGAAAAGAUACAUUCCAGGAUAAUUCGCCGUCUUAUAAUUUCCUCACACAUUUAUUCCACAACUCGCACCUGUGGAAUAAGUCUACACUGUUAAAAAUAAUGUUUCAUUGUCAUUUUCAGAGUUCUCUGUUCAUCUGUUUCUGCAUUUGGUUGAUAAUUGCACCUAAAGUGAAGUUGGUGAUAAGCUAACCAUGCCUUAAGCUGAAAAAAACACACGUUUUUGGGGCUCUGGUGUUCUUUUCGCAAAACCAGGCACUUUUUGGCAGAUUCACAUAUCUUUGAAUGUUUGGCACAUAAACAGUCCGCUGGAUAACUUUAAUCAGUGGACUCAACAGGGCAGAACACCACAUGGUGUGAGUAUGAGUGGUGAAGGCUGGUGGAACAGAUGGUGGCCUUUUCAACAAUUUCUUUUUUUUCUGAUGGGAAUGUUCCCCCUGCACAAUUUAUGUAUGAAUAACAUUUAAUAGAGAAUUAUUUUUUCCCAAAA